UAUAAGAGUGUAGCUCUUAACAUUUUUAUGUUCUGAAAUCGACGGGAUGUUUUUAACUCAGGCACAUAUUAGACAUCACGUACUACGUGAACUGUGGUUGUGGUGAAUUUGUUGCUGUUGAGUUGGCAGUUUGGCUGCAAAGUGAAUUACACUUAAAAUUUUACUAAUAUUGCGCGUCUUUUUUUUUUUAAUUUUAGAGAGUUGACGUCCGCUAGUUUGCGGGCAGUUUCUCGUGUUUAUGCGGUUUCUGCCACGCAAAGGUGCAGCGGCAUUUCAGUUCACCUCCGUCCUCAAUAACAGCCAGAUGAUCCUGCGUGGACGGCACUCAAGCUAUCUCUGAUAUAUGGUUUAACCUUUUUGUUAGUUUUAUUUUCUUUUCCUUUUACGUGCUGCAGGGACGGAUGAGAUCAUUACUAUGGCACUGAGGAGAGUUAAUGUGAUCAUUCUCGUGCUGCUGGCUGUUGCCUUCCUCAUCAUAGUCCAACGAAAUCUCCUCAGCCUCAGUGACUUUUUACACACAGAAAAGCCAGAUGAGGGAGUGAUUCUUCCCUUUGAGUCUGAGCUCUCUCCAGACUUGCAUUCAGCGAGGACGGGAGAGGAGAUCCCUGUUCUCAUCACUGCUGCUGAGGACAGACUUGGUGCUGUUGUUGCUGCCAUGAACAGUGUCUACAAAAACAGCAAAGCUAAUGUUGUCUUUACCAUUGUGACCUUGAAUGACACCGUUGAUCACUUAAAAGUGUGGCUGAGUAACACUAGACUAAACAAUGCCAAAUAUAAGAUAGUCAUUUUUAAACCUGAACUGCUCAGUGGGAAGAUAUCUAAAGAUCCUCAGAAUCUGGAGGCUGCAAAACCACUGACUUUUGCCAGGUUUUACCUUCCUGUGUACAUUCCCGAAGCAGAAAAAGCUAUCUAUUUGGAUGAUGACGUCAUUGUACAAGGUGACAUUCAGGAACUUUAUGAAACCAGCCUCAAACCAGGACAUGCAGCCGCCUUCUCUGAUGACUGUGAUUCAGCAUCUGCUAAAGGCAUCGUUCGUGGGGCUGGAAAUCAGAAUAACUACAUAGGCUUCUUAGACUUUAAGAAGGAAGCUAUUAAGAAACUGGGGAUGAGAGCCAACACUUGCUCCUUCAACCCCGGGGUCUUCAUCGCCAACCUGACUGAAUGGAAGAACCAAAACAUCACCCGGCAGCUGGAGCACUGGAUGGACCUCAACGCACGGGAGGAUCUGUACAGUAAAACCCUCGCAGAAAGCAUCACUACUCCUCCACUCCUCAUUGUUUUUUACAAACAUCACUCUAGCAUUGAGCCCAUGUGGCAUGUAAGACACCUCGGUGUAACAGGUGCAGGAAACCGAUACUCUUCCCAGUUUGUGAAGGCUGCCAAACUCCUGCAUUGGAAUGGACACUAUAAGCCCUGGGGGAGAGGAUCUUCCUUUACUGAUGUGUGGGACAAGUGGUUCAUUCCCGACCCCACAGGAAAAUUUCAUCCCCUGCGAAGACACACAGGGGAGCGCUAGAUUUAAAAAUGGACCUCUUGAACCUUCAGAUCAGCCCCGUACCAGCAGGAAAACUCCUUUAUAACUCAGGAACUAUGCAAAUGCCCUGUGUUUGAGUUCCAUCACCCUCUGAAUAUGGACCUGAUUACACUCCUGUUCCACUCCUGUUUUUUUUUCUAUAUUCAGAACAUAUUGUUGAGGUUGCUUUGAAUUGCAUUUUUAGAAAUAUUUUGUUAAACUGAAAAAAGCUAGUGUGCCAAGACCUUCUGGUACAACAUGAGCCAUCCUUAUCAAAGUAAAUGGCUUAAGUAGGUAUGUUUACAUGCAGCUAAAUAAGGAUUUAUUUACUUAACGUGCAUAUUAAAAAAUUUAGUUGCCUGUGCUGUAAUGACAGCGAGUUCUACAGUUUAUACCUACUUCUCUCUAAAUUACCAUCAUUAGCCAUGCAAAUUCCUCAUGUCAAUACCUCAGUUUAGUACUUCCUGUGGAAAAGUUAAAUUAUACAUAAUUGCACAUUAGAUUAUCAGACAGUAGUUUAAGUUCUCUAUAAAUCUGAAUGCCAUUAUAGGUUAAUUGACUGCAUUACUAUUUAGUUACAUUUCAUUUACCACUUGUCCUGCUUUUAAUUUUUAAAUGCUGUAUUUUUUUUUUUUAUAAUGCAGACCUUUAAAGACAGCUCCUCUGCAGAAACAGCUUUGCACAAACAUCCCCCUAUUUUAACAUUUCAUUGUUGGGAUCUUUUUCUAC